UCCAAUUCCAUUGUCGGUUUUCUCUUAUACGCAUUUUCCUUCUUUUUAAUUGUACAAAAACAGCGACUCCCCUCGUGAUAUGACAUCCCCCGUAAUUCACGAAAUUUUAGUUCUCAAAUUCAAUUUAUUUAUUUUCCCUUAAAUAAAUACCCAUAAUCCUCUUUCAAUUCUCAGCAUUCACAUUUCAUUCGUCGCGUCACCAAAGCGUUACAUUUUUUCACACAUACACACAUGACACACCGCUGUCUGUUUAUCUGCUCGUAUCUAUAUGUCAAAUGGCUAUGAUGUGGAGAGGAGAAUUGUUGAUUCGAUAUUGAUCGAAAUUCGAGAAUUCAAGGUGGAAGCUAGAUAUGAUGCUUUUCCCAAAACCAAUCAAGUUUAAUGUUUUCCAAUAUCAUAAUUCUCUCCAUUCUCCAGCAGCUAUUAAACUCAGUACUUUUUGAGGCACGAAUGCUCCGAUUUUGACCCUUGGUAUUCUAAUGAUUAAGUACGAGCAAGAUCCUGAUGUUGUUCGGUGGGGUCUCCAGCUUUUCGACACUUAUCCAUAUCCUAAUUAUGGAUGCUGUGGUUCCAUUUUGCAACAAAAUACAGACUAUUUUCCUGGGCACUACCUUGAAGAAUAUAACUGUGGCACAGAAUCUAGCAAUGCAGAAAACCACGAUCUCUCAGUAAACUGUCUACAUGAAGAACUAUUACGAAUUUCAGAUGCAGAACAAUCUAAAUCUUUCCAGGAGGGUGUAGACCAUUCACAAACAUCUUUCUAUUCUCCGAAUUGGUUUGCUCAGUCACCUGGAACCUACAAUUUUGGAAAUGGGAAUUGCCAAGAAGAACCUACUGAUUUGGAAGUAUCUGCUUCAUAUUCUAGCCCAGGAGGAGAGUCAUAUUGUGGGGAGGAGUGGUCACAUUCUCUGGACCAAAUGGACGGGAAUGCUUUGGAUGGUGAAUUGGGCAAAAGAUUGAACCAGAUGGUUCCUAUUCCCCACAUUCCUAGAAUUAAUGGUGAAAUACCCUCAAUUGAUAAAACAACAUUAGAUCAUCAAAGGCUUCUGGACAGAUUACUGGUGUAUGAGCUGGUAGAAUUUAAGGUUCGAGGCGAUGGAAAUUGCCAGUUUAGAGCUCUAUCAGAUCAAAUUUACCGUACUCCUGAGCACCACAAGUUUGUGCGACAAGAAGUUGUUAAUCAGCUCAAGUCUUGCCCAGAGAUAUAUGAAGGAUACGUACCAAUGGCAUACGAGCAAUAUUUGAAAAAGAUGUCCAAGAGUGGAGAAUGGGGUGAUCAUGUUACUUUGCAGGCUGCUGCAGAUUCGUAUGGUGUAAAAAUACUUGUCAUAACAUCAUUCGAGGACACCUGUUACAUUGAAAUACUUCCAAACAUUCAAAAAUCCGAACGAGUUAUUUUCUUGAGCUUUUGGGCUGAGGUUCAUUACAACUCAAUAUAUGCCGAAGGAGAUUGUCCAACAUUGAAGACUACAAAGAAGAGGUGGCUGGUUACUCCAGAUGUGCAUUUGGAACCACCAGACGAUUACAAUUUGACAGAAUGCACAGGCUAGACUAUGAUAAGUUUUUAUCCAUUUUAUCCUGAAAAAGUGCGUUGAUGCAAUCUGUCCAUUGAGGGCCAAAGACAAGGAGGACAGUUUGGCAACUAAUGUACAAAUAUAUAUCUUGAAUAGACAAAGUGCCAAUGAAUCCCUCAAGUUUGUUUCAUGGCCAGAGACGGCAAUACUGCCGUAGACUCACCGUCAAUCACAAUAAUUCCUCCAGCUUUGAAGCAUUUUGUAGUGAAUUUCACCCUAAAAAAGCACGGGCAAAGUGCCAAUGAAUCAAUCUAUAACACUUGAAUAAGAUGUAAAACUUUGUAUGACAAGGGAAGUAGACAAGUACUAACAUAUAUUUCUCUUCCAUUUGUCUAAUAAUAUUGAGUGCCUGUACUUC